AUGGAGCCACGUAGAGUGCUCGCCAGACUCUCCGGAUUGCUUUUCGGGAUCAGCCGUCUACUACGGGCACCGGUAGAUGUGGCACAUGAUGUGGAUGGUAAACCAAUGCUCUAUGAGUGGAGUCUUCACAGGCAAUUGGCGCCUCAAUUGGACCACACCGGUGGCUGGGGCUCAGGACGGCAGCUAGACCAGUCCACCAGCCAGGUCUCAGGGUCUCAAGUGGACCAGUCAAGUGGCCCAGCUGGAAUUAAGGCGCCGAAUUCCACUUUAGGCACUCUAAUUGUGCUCUCGGUUGGGACGUCAUCACCAUCCUGCUCAUUAGAUCGUCAGUGCUUCACGAGUAUCGUGGAUGUGGCCGAAUUUUUGAGUACUUGGCAAUCCAGCCAGGCACUUCAUCAGAUGGGUAUCCCGGUGUACUCGGCACGGGCAGAUACCCGGGCGGGAAGGCCGAGCAGUGGAACGGCGCCCACUAGGGUACUAGUUCUGUUGAGUUUAGCGGUGUUUGGGACUGCCGUAUCAUGCGUCCUGGCCAUACAGGUGGUCCGGAAACGUAAAAUUGUGCACGUGGCAAGGACGUGGUUCCCACCAGCCGCUACACAUCAUGAUACUUGUAAGAUCUGUUAA